AUGGACUCAAAUAAAUACAUAGAGCAUUUAGUAACUCAGCUAGAAGAGCAACGGUGGAACCUAUGGAGGCAAAAGUUGUCUGUGGCUCAGCUGCAGCGGGAAGUUGCGCGAAGUAAGAGUGAAGGGACAAUGCGCGAGAAGCUGAUACAUGAGUUGGAGGAAGAAAGACAUUUGAGACUUGAGAGUGAAAAAAGAUUACGGGAGGUGACAUUGGAGUCGGAGCGUAGCAGAGCUCAAAUGCGUGGAUUGCAGGAGCAGUUUUCGAGGAUGGAGGAGACUGUGAGAAAUCUACUGCAGAAUCAAGGAUCUCCAGAUCAGAAUGGAGAGGGCACAGUUAAUAUCAUGAAGGUGUAUCAGGAAAAACUGUCAGAAGAGGACAGAAAAUGCAAAGAAACUGUGGAACACAUUCAUAUUGCAGUAGAUGAAGAUUCAAGAAGUGAAAGUAGCAGUACUGAAGAAGAGAAAGAAAAGACAAAAUUGCUAUUAGAACGAUUGAAAGCUCUGGAGGCAGAGAAUUCAGCAUUGGCUCUGGAAAAUGAAAAUCAAAGAGAACAGUAUGAAAAGUGCCUCGAUGAGGUAGCCAACCAGGUUGUGCAAGCUCUACUUACUCAAAAGGAUCUGAGGGAAGAAUGUGUAAAGCUGAAAACAAGAGUUUUUGAUUUGGAACAACAGAAUCGAAUGCUAAGUGUGCUUUUUCAACAAAGGGUCAAACCAGCUUCCGACCUCCUUCUCCAGAAACUGCAUUCACGCAUCUUAGAUCUUUCGUCUGGGGAUUUGCUUUCAGAUGUAGAAAAGAACAGAAGUUUGAUACAAUCACGAACUACUGGUGUUCAGAUUCAUGAAUGCCAGCAGAAUGUGAAAUCCAGUAUACCUGCCUUGAAAUGCCAGAGUCAAUUAAAUACGACAGGGCCCAGUCGCCUAUAUCCCCGGAGCAGUUGCAGUAGCAGUGAACUCUCUCUAUCAAGUGCUUGCAGUGAAUAUUCCAGUGGCUCCUCCUACACUUGGAAUGAUGGAAAGACGUGCAGUAAAAGGACUAAAUUGGUCACAGAAAGCCAGCAGGAAGAUGAAGAGGACACCAUCACAAGCACUACAUGUCAGAGUCACGUAAUAGAGUCUUGCUGCCAGAUGAGAACAUUGGACAGUGGGAUAGGAACUUUCCCUCUCCCAGACUCAGGAAACCGGUCAACUGGACGAUAUGUUUCUAAGCAAGAAUCAACUUUAGAAACUGAAGUCUUCAUGCCUCCUGAGCAAGCCCUUCCUUCAGCUCCUUCAAUAAAAGCCAGAACUCUUGAGCGAGAAGUGCCUUCAACAGCUAAGAGCCCAGAAUCUGUGGAAAACAUGAUUAGUCAUUCAACAUCUGAUCCUACCAUGACUGCCAAAGUUGUACGACCUUUUCAAAGUCGCCUUCCAAAACCAGUCUCCUCAGGAAUAAUUAACCCUCCAAAGCAAAGUGGACAUGAACAAAUUCUGGUGACUUCUGUUUCAUUAGAGCAUACUGAAAAAAAUGUGGAAAACAAGAAGAUUCUUCCAGACUGGAGCAGCAAGAAAGCCACUAAAAAAACAAAGGACAAGGCACUGCGAGUGUGCACUUAUUCUGCUAGCAGCAGUAGUGACACUGAAACGGAACCAGAGUAUGAAACAAAUGACUUUGGAACUGCAGGGGAAAAGUUAGCAGAUUUAACGAAGAACAAACGAGCUGAGCAAGAAGAAAAUACUGUGAGAAAGUCCUUUAUGGGGAGCCCUAUGUCAAUCUUGGAUUUAUAUCAACACAGUCUCUAUGGCCAUUAUGGAGAGGAUGGGCCUGAACAAUUAACACAUUACAGUUUUAUUGAGCAGCUGAGUGGAGCUUCCAGUAAAGAAGGCAAGAGCAAAGAGAUCCCUAGUAAAUUGAAACAAGCUGAAAAAACAAGGGAAGAUUCUGAGACUAGAUUAUCUAAAAUUUCCCUGGAGUCUCUCAAUAAAUUUAACAGCAAUAAUGUCAUUUUAUUAGAAAAAGAGAAGAAUUGUCUGAACAAGGUUGAAGGACAAAAGGAAGAAAAUGGAAAGAAUGAAGAAGCUUCUUUAAAUAGCUCUGAUAGGCAUGGUGUAGACAAUUUAGAAUCUUUGAGUGAUUCUUUAUAUGAUAGCUUCUCAUCCUGUGCCAGCCAAGGCUCUAAUGAUGUAUAAAGACACUUUCCAGUGGGCUGAGAAUGGAGCACUUAAGGAACUGAGGGGAAAAAAAGAAAGGGACAACUGCUGAAAAACUUUAUCCUAAAUUGUUGGAUUCACAGAAGGGUAUUUCCUGACUUAUUUUCAUGACACAGCAAUAAGGAAAGAUAAGACUGCAUUUAUUGUGAUGCAUGAGACUGAAAAUUGAACGCAAAAGCUGUUAUACAAAAUGUCUUAAUUUUGCACUUUUUUAUGAAUACUUGUACAGAAGUUGUAAAUUUUCUUGAAAAAAUAUAUUUGUAGGGAAAAAAAGCAAUAAAUAUUAAAUGGUGCCAUGCUCCUGAAAUGACAGAUUACUAACUUUUAAAAGUUGAUGUUAAUAUUAACAAGCAAAGUUAGUGGAUUUUUUUAAAGAAAGAUUUAUAAUUGUUCUAGUCUUAAAACUGUAUGUAGAAACACUGCUUUAAAAUAAACUUGAGCCUGCCAAAUUGUCUGUAAUAAACCUUCUUGGACCAUUUUACAACAUACACUUUGUAAUUUUUUUUUUAUUUUAGUGCAAUUUCACAUAAGAUUCUCUAGGGAUAUGUGCAUUUUAGUUGGUGUAAUUCCUUAACAUGUAUCUAUUGAUACUUCAAGAGGGCUUUGAUGUUUGAGACAGUACGAGAAUGGUUGGAAUCAAAUACCCAGAUCCUACUACUACUUGUGCAUCUGAGCAGCCCACUGAGUUCAUAAAGAAUGAAGUUACUCAUGUGCAUAAGUGUUUGGAAGAUCAGGGUCAAAGUGAUUUGCCAUUUGACUUCAAUGGGAGUUUUGCCUGAGUAAAGGAUUGCAGGAUCUGGACUUUAUUUCUAACUGCAGUAUUUACUUUUAUAGUUUACCUAUUUCUCUUUCCUCUGUAACCAUUUAAUACGAAUUUCUGAAUGUGGUAUGUUGAUUUUUUCCCCCUCAGACCACCUUAAUUUUAACUCCAUCUAGGAAUCCUGGAAAACUGAAAUAAAAUUCAUAUUUGUGAUAGAAACUUUUGUAAAACUAAAAAAAAUGUUUUUGGUGCUAACAACUCUUAAUUCAACAUAUCUUUUUCCUAUAAAGACUUUAUAUGUAAGGGGAAGUCUAUUUCAAAGGUUAUGUGUAUUUUUUCUAGUUGUGAAGUAUUUAUAACUGCAUUUGUACAGCAAUCUUUCUGUAAACUAGGUAUAUUUGGGAUAUUUCUAGACUCUACUGUUGCUUUAGCAAAUAUCUGUUAAUCUUUAUGAUAUUGUAUGAUCAGUGUUAUUUU